CAUAAGUAAAACAUAAGAAACUUGCUGUUAAAAACAAAAAUUUAUCAAAAUGAAAAUAAAGCUCAUUGACUCCGUUGUGCGAAGCUUUAAGGUGGCCAAGAUAUUUCGCGAGAACACAGAUAAAAUCAACGCCAUCGACUUUGCACCAAAUGGCGAGCAUCUAAUCUCCUGCAGCGAGGAUGACCAAAUUGUUAUAUACGAUUGCGAGAAAGGUACCCAGUCCAGGACGGUGAACUCGAAGAAGUAUGGUGUGGAUCUCAUUCACUUUACACAUGCAAACAAUACGGCAAUACACAGUUCGACAAAGGUGGACGAUACGAUCAGAUAUCUUAGCUUGCACGACAACAAGUACUUGCGCUAUUUUCCCGGGCACACAAAGAAGGUGAUUUCGCUGUGCAUUUCGCCGGUGGAGGAUACUUUUCUGUCCGGUUCACUGGACAAGACGCUGCGCCUGUGGGACUUGCGUUCACCAAAUUGUCAGGGCCUGAUGCAUUUGUCCGGUCGCCCCAUUGCAGCCUACGAUCCCGAGGGUCUGAUCUUUGCCGCCGGCGUCAAUUCGGAGAGCAUUAAAUUAUACGAUUUGCGCUCGUUUGAUAAGGGACCCUUUGUCACUUUCAAGCUCAACCAGGAGAAGGAGUGCGACUGGACGGGAUUGAAAUUUUCGCGCGAUGGCAAAACAAUAUUGAUCAGUACGAACGGUUCGGUUAUACGUCUUGUUGAUGCCUUCCAUGGGACUCCGUUGCAGACAUUUACGGGCUAUCCGAACAACAAGGGUAUUGCUAUCGAGGCGAGCUUCAGUCCGGACUCACAGUUCAUCUUCUCCGGCAGCACCGAUGGCCGUGUGCACAUCUGGAACGCGGACACCGGUAACAAGGUCUCUGUGCUGAAUGGCGAUCAUCCCGGUCCUGUGCAGUGUGUGCAGUUCAAUCCCAAAUACAUGAUGCUCGCCUCGGCAUGCACGAACAUGGCCUUCUGGCUGCCCACCUCCGAGGAGGGUCUUUAGAGUACAUAGUCUUAUAUAUUUUGGUAUAUUUAAGUAAACAAUUAAUACUAAA